GUUUUGAGGAGCCUGUAAUUUCCGUUUGUUCGUUACGUUGUUUAAAAGGCAACGAGUGAUAAUUCUGUUGGGUGUCAUUCUGUAUCAGGGGACACGCUCCGCGACCAAAGUAAAAUGGUGAAGGAGACCGCAUACUAUGAUACCCUUGGGGUGAAACCCAAUGCCACUCCAGAUGAGAUCAAGAAAGCUUACAGGAAACUGGCACUGAAAUAUCACCCCGAUAAGAACCCCAAGGAAGGAGAAAAGUUUAAACUAAUCUCUCAAGCAUAUGAAGUGCUAUCUGAUCCCAAAAAAAGGGACCUCUAUGAUCAGGGUGGAGAGCAGGCAAUUAAAGAAGGAGGAAUGGGCGGAGGAAACUUUUCUUCACCUAUGGAUAUCUUUGACAUGUUCUUUGGUGGAGGUGGCCGAAUGAACAGAGAAAAGAGAGGUAAAAAUGUAGUUCAUCAGUUGGCUGUGUCUUUGAAUGAUCUGUACAAUGGCACUAGCAGAAAACUGGCCCUACAGAAGAAUGUAAUCUGUAGCAAGUGUGAAGGUUAUGGCGGUAAAAAAGGAGCAGUAGAGAAAUGUACAACUUGUAAAGGCCGGGGUGUUCAAGUACGUGUACAGCAAAUAGGUCCUGGCAUGGUCCAGCAGAUACAGUCCAUGUGCUCCGACUGCCAUGGAGAGGGUGAACGCAUUAACCAAAAAGACCGCUGUAAACAAUGCUCUGGAAAAAAGGUUGUCCGUGAAAAGAAAAUUCUGGAGGUACAUAUAAAUAAAGGUAUGAAAGAUGGGCAGAAAAUCAUGUUCAGUGGAGAAGGUGAUCAAGAACCAGGGUUGGAGCCUGGAGAUGUGGUGAUAGUUUUGGACCAAAAAGAACACGAUGUUUAUCAAAGGCAACAGAAUGACCUAAUUAUGAAAAUGAACAUUACAUUAGUAGAAGCUUUGUGUGGCUUUAAAAAACCUAUUGAAACAAUGGAUGGCCGAAUUCUCCAGGUUACCUCUUUCCCAGGUGAAGUGAUAAAGUAUGGCCACUUUAAGUGCAUUCGGAAUGAAGGCAUGCCCUUGCAGAGGGACCCAUUUGAAAAGGGCCUCCUGAUUAUUCAAUUUGAAGUUGCUUUCCCUGACAAUCACUGGCUUCCUGUUGAAAAGCUCCCUCUUCUAGAGGCCUUGCUUCCACCAAGAGAAGAAGAAAUGAUCACUGAUGACACUGAAGUUGUGGAGCUGGUAGAGUUUAGUGAGCAGGAGCAGAACAGGAAGCACAGGGGAGAGGCAUACCAAGAAGAUGAGAGGCCUGGGGGUGGAGUUCAGUGCCAAACCUCCUGAGUUUGUUGAAGAAACAUUUGUGUUGGCCAUGGACUUCUGAUCUCUGCUCUGUUUAUUCCAGCAGAGUGUGUGGCACAAUUCCCAGCUGUUAUACAGACUUGUUACUACUGUUCAAACUUCUAUUUAUAAGUUCUAUUUAUGAUAUUUGUGUUAAUAGCGGAGCAUAUGAUACAAUGCUACUUUUUCACUUUACAUCAGACACAAAUGCCUGAAAUAUGACUUGUUAUGGUUAUACAUAAUUCUCUUAAAUGUUCACUUUGUUUUCCUAAUAAAUAAGAACAUUUUCUAUA